AUACAUAUUAUCUAUGUAGAAGUUAUAGGCUAGACUAAGGUAUGCUUCUAGUGAGUACAACCAACUAGUAUUUGUUCUAGGUUUCCACCUCUAACAUACAGCCAGAUCACAAGUGGGUUCGGAUCGGGAGGGACUCUGCUCGGGGGAGGAGGACAAACACGGCUACUGUGCAUGACUGUGUGGAGAUCGUGCGGCGUGCCAGAGCAGCUGCGCACGACUUCUUGACUCGCGCUCGCGAUGAGUCGGCACGGCACGGCAGGCAUCCGCAGCUCUUGCUCCCGAGUUUUCGCCCAGGCCAAGUACAGUACACCUACAGCCUCCCGCAGUGUAUUCUGUACAGCCUCCAUGUCUGCACAGCAUCAUUCAUUCCUUCAUCGAUUCGACUGGAACUCUAGUAACAACAAGCUUCCUGCAAAAUUGAGUCUUUCUCGAGAUAGCGCUCACGUCUCAAAACGACCCAUCCGUGCCGCAACCGCUACUAAAGAAACCCCCUCAGCCUCAGGCCAUCGUGCCGCCGCGGUCUCGACGCGCGUCCCAAUCGCGCCGCCAUCAUGGCAACUUCGGCUCUUAGCCUCUCCGCGUCGCGCCUCUUUCUCCUGCUCCUCCUCUCCUCCGCCAUUUGUGCCGCCUCCGCCGUUCGCGUGUCGCCGCUCAACAACCUCCUCCGCCCCGCCGGGGGGUUCUUCUCGCAUCGCCGCCCGCGCCCCGGUAAGCCGGCGCCGUACGGCGCGAGGCGCAACCCGCCCAGCGUCCCCUCACAGCUCGCCAAUGUCCUCCCGCACGCCGCGCAGUCCGCCGCCGACGCCAUGAGCGCUUAGCGGCGCGGCGACUGACGGCGCCGCCACCACCAGCGGCGGCAGCAGCUCGGCCGGCCGCGUCACGACGUUCGCGAAGCCCGGCGGCGGCGGCACGACGACGUACUUCAACGUGAUCGAAGUCACCAAGCCCCUGCCGCGGCCCGCGGGGUCCGCGCUUUGCGGCAGCACGACGCCGCUCGUGGACGCGCCGUUCGGCAACACCUACGGGUCCCCGGCGACUGCGGGCAGCUACGCCAUUCCCGCCGCGUGCGCGGGCGAGUGGUCCAUGGCGGUGAUGAACGUGAGUGUGCGUGUGAGCGGCGUGCAGUUCGACCGCCGCAUGUCCGUCUUCAUUGGCGACCUCGAGGUCUCGCGCUCCGUCACGGCGGAGCCUCUGGGCACGUCAGUGAAGUACUCGUUCGAGAAGGACCUCACGGCGCUCUCGCCGGCUGUCCGCACGAGCAACGUGCUUUCAGUUUACCUUGAGAACGUCGUCGACCGCACAUACACCGGCAUUUUCUACGUCACCGUCUCUCUGCUCUUCUACACCGGGGGAGUGGCGCCCGCCUCCCCCCCCUCCGCCAUUCUCCCCUGGUACUCCCCCGGCGUCCUCUCGUGCUGCUUCAACGUCACAGGCGGCGCUGUCCUCUCCGCCUCCUCUGCGCUCGGGGGCUUCCCCCCCAACACCGUGCGUGCUCGCUUUGACCUGCUCGUGUCCGCGCACGCCAAUGACGAGUUCUACCAGUUCAACUACCCCGACUCAGCCACCUUCCAGCCGGAGGGGGGGCCCUUCCGCGAGCUGGUGCUGCAGAUCGACGGCAUCUUUGCGGGCUCCGUCUUUCCCGCGCCCGUCUUCUACACGGGCGCCGUGCACCCGCUCAUGUGGUCGCCUUUAGUGGGCAACGGCAACUUCCACAUCCCCGUCUACUCCUUCGACCUCUCACCGUUUGCUGCGCUGCUGUCCGACGGCAGCCCGCACACCUUCACUCUGGCUAUUCCCAAGGCGGGUGGUAACCUGGUAACCCCCAUCACCGAAACCGCAACAGGAGCAUCCGGCACCAACGGAGUGUUCGGCACGACAGCAGCACGGGACUACACCAUCACAGGCACAGUCACCACCGCAGCCGGUGCAGUGAAAACUGUGGUCACCGGCUCUCUUGCCUUUGAUGCCACGGUCACGUCGGCCAGCAACCAGUGGGUGCAGGUGUGGCGCCAGAACAUCCGUUCUGCCGUUACCGUUACACGGUCCGUCCCCGGGAACACGGAGACGGUUGCAUCGACGGCUGUUGAUCGGUUCAACUUCCCUCUGUUCAUGAACCAGACACGGCUCGAUGCGGCUGGCUCCGUGUAUUUCCUCACCAACAACACCUUCAACUACUAUCAGCCCGUGGACGCCUCUCCGUCAGCCGCCCUCCAGACGUACCUUCACAACGAGCGGAUCGCCGGGUUCAAAGAGAUGUACACUGGUGCGGGCUCGGUCAAGAGCCGCACCAUCUACUCCAACCAUACAUACGAGCUGGAUAGCACCACUGGGGGUGGGUGCUAUCUGAGGAAGGUGGUGGCCCAGCCGCCCACGGUGGGCAUUCAGUCUGAUGUGGUGUAUCUUGUGUGUUAGAGUAGACGCUGGAAGGGCGAUGGAAGGGCAAUGGAAGUGAGGGGGGUGUAACCAGCCAUAAGGCGCCUCCAAACUGGGAUUCAAUCUAAUGUGGUGGACCCAGCGCAAUUCAGGCCUCUGCUGUGCUGGUGCUGCAUGUCAACAAAUAUAUUUAUAUAGCUUAGCUAGGUCAUAUUUGAUAUAGCCUAGCUAUUUCAGUUCGUAGUGAGUACAGCCCUAGUUUUGUAUCCUUGGACAUUUUCCCGUAGUCACAACUUUUCCCGCUAAC